AUGGAAAAGACCGCUUUGCAACCGCUGCCAGCCCCCUUCUGUAACCUCUCGAUGCUACCCCGUGUGGAAGUCCGGAAGGUUAUCAGCGAUCUGAGUCUCCUCCAAGUCCUCCAAACCGUCUCCUACAACAACGAGUACCUCAAUGAUUGUAUUUUCACCCAAGCCGCAUAUCAACGGAUUUUCCCAUCGAAAACAGAUCCAUGGAAUCUCGUCGAGCUUUUCAAUCUCCACCAGGAGAUUUGUAAAUUCAGGAGCAAGGCUCUCACAGGCCCAAAUUCGCCCAGCCGCAGUUCGGCCCUGUCGUGUACAUUAGGAACGACAUCCCAAGUCAAACCUGAAGAUGUGCGAAACCACCUCGUACGCCAAAUAAAAGCCACCGUGCAUCUAAACCCGUUUGAGAGAGAUGUUCUACUCGCACAUACUCCUAGUCCAUACCGGAUAAUACGCCUAGGCGACCCACUCGAAGAUUUGGUCGCGCGUUGGGUAUGGAUCAAGAAAGCAAUCACCAAUAUGAACAAGGCCAAAGAACGGCAGUUAAACACGGUGGCUGACCUCAUAUCUGAGUAUCCUGGAAUGGUUAUGUUGAAAAGCCGGUUAGAUCCUUCGCAGACUAGUCCCCGGCCUAGCACCGCCCAUAUGUCAACCAGAUUCAAGAUAAACGCCAAACGCGCCGCGAAAAAUACAAGGUAUCCACGCAUGCGUCCCCAUAAAUGCUUCCGCGGGGUUGACUUUAUCGAGCUGAUCCCAUAUGAUCGGUAUUUGUUGCUAUUCUUGGAGACGUUAGAAAAGUAUCCACCAGAGAGUCCUGAUUUGGAUAUCUCUGGCCGGCUCCAGAAAAUCGCGUUGAAAGAGGACGGGGACAAGGCCCAACCAUUUCAGUAUCCAGAAGAUAUUUCUGCUAACUUGGAAGUGGUUAUGAAUGGCUUGAUGUAUGUUUAUACCGGCUCGCCAUUGCUGGUUGUCCCUCGAAUUCAGUGGCCAGAGAAUGAAGCCUUGGAAUCAUCAGGGAGAAACCAGAGCCCUGUAUUCUUAAUUGAUGCCGGAUGCCACUCUCAAAAUAUCCCCGUGGGAAUACAUCGAUGUGUUGCCAGAAGAUUCAAACCAUAUGAUGACCGUGAAUAUGAUUGGCUGAAGGCGUUUCUGAAAGUGGUAACAUGGAUGGAGGAGAACUUGGGUAUCUCUGGUGAGAAGGGAACAGACGUGCAACCAAGUUCACCACGUCAGGUGUAG